AUGACUCUGCCAAUGUACUCGAUACAACGGGACAACUUUUGGCAGCACGACACCAAAGUGACACGUGCUUCCAUCUACAGUGCCGACUACGAUCCGGCCAUGGACGAGGAUCUUCCACCAGUGCUUCCGCUAAAAGUCAGUCGGCAGCACACGCAAAAUCGAGGCCACUCAAAACUUCCCAUCUUCAAACAGGUCCGGUCCCUGCUACAUAGGCCACCGGCACUGCAGACGUCCAACAGCCAUGCCAAGCCGAAGGCCUCUGCACAGACGUUGGACCCGAACGAGAAGACAGAGUCAGGGCACGAAGCGCGACACUCAUAUGCUCCAGAACGAGGAUCACCUACCUAUCACGACCAGCGCAGCCCUUCGCCAGUCUCAGCGUUGGAAGCAGGCGAAGACACAAUCUACCCGUCCAGUCCACCACAGCUCGACUUUUACCCCCGAGCUUCCUCUCCGGUUUCACCUCUCUCGGGACAUGCUGGCCAAAACAACGCCAGGCCAACACCCGCAUCAACAUUUUACUCCCGUCUUCCCGAGGCCCCUGUGGCGAAUAUAAUCAAGCGCAAACCUGCCCCUCAGAGACAUUCAAUCUCCACCAUCGAGAACAUCAGUCCGCCACCUUCACGUGGUACUGAAGCCUUGGACUUUGCUGAUUUCUCACGGGGUGAUCCCAAGAGUCACUUCAGCUGGACCACUUGCGCUCCUUCAAUUCGUUCUUACACCGCAGAAAGCCUCCGUUUGAUCGACAUACCUGCUCGUCACAGACAGCAACAAUCUGAGUCUGCCCCACGGAGUCACUUCAGCUGGAGCACUGUCGGAACUCAGCAGAUACCUCUCGACUCACCACCCGCCAGUCCACCUCCUUCUGUGCCAAGCAAAUACCGCACUCCACCUGUUCAGUCGAUCCUGAGCCGGCACCGACCUAUUCAGCGUAUGGAUCACGACCAGUACAUCACGCCCCCACGCAAGUCCUCCCUUCCCGGAGGAGGCCUUUCGACCGAGAACACGACCAGGACUCCCUCUUCCACGACUUCCAAUCUCAACGUCGCAACUCGCGCCGCUGCCAUGUCCGACCCGCACCCCCCCGGCUCUGGUAAGAAGACGUUGCCACUGCCGCCAGACAUGCUCACACCGGUCUCUCCGCUUUCUCAUCUCGAGGCCCUUGACCGCGCCGAGGCUGACAAAGCACACCAACGUCGAAAUCUCGAGCGUGCAAUCUUCGAAUGGUCGAAACUAGAGAAUGCCAGUCCGAUGGAUGUGCCAUUUGCAACGGUGAGAGAUGCAAAGAAGAGGCUAGAGCAGUUGAGGGCUACUUUGGCGGAGAUUAGGUUGGAAGAGCGAGAGAUUGGAAUUGCGAUCAGUCGAGCGCGGAGAAAGGAGGGUGAGGAAGAAGGACUUUGGGUCAGACGGGUCACUGGAUAG